ACCAGAAGUGCAUAAAAGCCACAAGUGCAUCAGCUGAGGAGCGCAGAGUCAAAAACGAGAGGAAACAGGACGUACUGUGCUGGGGCUUCAUUGCACCGGCAGAAAAACACAGAAAAAUGAGACAUGAGGCGAUUUGGUGAGGAAAGAUAACGCAUUUGAAGCCGUACAUUUUUUGUGAUCAGUGAAGUGAUCAAGAUUUGCUGCUGCUUACUGCUGCUGCUGCUGCUGCGCGUUUUUCGACACCAGGAAGGAGACCCAAAACGGAGCUUGAAACGCGUCUGGAGAAGUCACUCCUUCCUGAACCCACGUGCUGCUGAUCUGCUGCCGCUGCCACAAGAUGACAGGAGAUGAUCAAAGAUAGCUGAAGGAAAAGUUGAAGUCUUCAGUGUCACGUCAAGGCGAAAAACUAUACUUUUGUGACUGAAAUCUCAUUCAGAAAACAGUUUCUCAGUUUUUAAAAAAUUAAUAUAUAGUAAAUAGCUACAAAAACACGAACAAUGGCGUCCUACAGCUCUGCCCCAACACAAGAGGUAUCAAAUGGCGGCCCCCCAUCUGUGAAGUCUGAAGGCUCUGAUGGGUCCAUGAAGCUGAAGAAGGAGAUCUCCCUCCUGAACGGGGUGUGCCUGAUCGUGGGCAACAUGAUCGGCUCUGGGAUCUUCGUCUCACCCAAGGGCGUCCUCAUCCACAGCGCCUCCUAUGGCCUGUCGCUGGUGGUGUGGACCGUCGGCGGGAUCUUCUCCGUGUUCGGGGCCCUUUGCUACGCCGAGCUGGGGACCACCAUCACCAAGUCGGGCGCCUCCUACGCCUACAUCCUGGAGGCGUUCGGGGGUUUCCUGGCCUUCAUCCGCCUGUGGACAUCGCUGCUGAUCAUCGAGCCGACCAGCCAGGCCAUCAUAGCCAUCACGUUCUCCAACUACAUGGUGCAGCCCAUCUUCCCCACCUGUAUCGCUCCAUACUUGGCCAACAGGCUGCUGGCAGCUGCUUGUAUAUGUUUGCUGACCUUUGUGAACUGUGCCUAUGUGAAGUAUGGCACCAGGGUCCAGGACUUCUUCACCUACGCCAAAGUCAUUGCUCUCAUUGCGGUCAUCAUCACUGGGCUGGUGAAGCUCGGACAAGGUUACACACAGAACUUCGAGGGCAUGUUCGAAGGCUCAUCCCAGGACCCCGGAGGCAUCGCUCUGGCUCUGUACUCGGCUCUGUUCUCCUACUCUGGAUGGGACACCCUCAACUUUGUCACAGAGGAGAUCAAGAACCCAGAGAGGAAUCUGCCACUGGCCAUCGCUAUUUCCAUGCCCAUAGUGACAGUAAUCUACAUUUUGACCAACGUGGCGUACUACACCAUCCUUCCCAUGAAUGCAAUCUUAGACAGUGAUGCUGUAGCAGUGACGUUUGCAGACCAGGUGUUCGGAGUGAUGAACUGGACUAUUCCCUUAGCUGUGGCUCUGUCCUGUUUCGGAGGGCUAAACGCCUCCAUCCUGGCGUCCUCCAGGCUGUUCUUCGUGGGCUCCAGAGAGGGCCACCUGCCCGACUACCUGUGCAUGAUCCAUGUCACCCGCUACACCCCCGUCCCCGCUCUGCUCUUCAACGGGCUCAUGGCUCUCAUUUACCUGUGCGUAGAGGACGUCUUCAGGCUGAUCAACUACUACAGCUUCAGCUACUGGUUCUUUGUGGGUCUGUCCAUUUUGGGACAACUGUAUCUGCGCUGGAAGCAGCCGGACAGGAAGAGACCACUGAAGCUCAGUCUGUUCUACCCCAUCGUUUUCUGUUUGCUCACUGUCUUCCUGGUGGUGGUGCCGCUCUACAGUGACACCAUCAACUCCCUCAUUGGCAUUGGUAUCGCCCUGUCAGGAGUGCCCGUUUACUUCCUUUGCUGCUACACUCCGGCCCAUAAGAGGCCGCUGCUGCUACGGAAGAUGAUUGCUAAAUCUGGCAUACUCAUUCAGAAGGUGUGCUUCUCCGUUCUGACUGAAAUGGACAUUGACAAGGAAGAGUAGAGACAUUUUGGUUUUAAUACCUUGCCAGAGACUGACGACGCACAAACACACACAGAGGCUCAACCUGAACUCAUCCUGGCCAGUCAACUACUACUGUUAGGCCUUGAUGGACUAACAUUGGGCUUGAGCUGGACGCAGCUCUCUGACCUGUCAAUCAUCACCCCGGCGAUAAUGUUAACGAAUGCAUGCAUGAUGGCGCCCGGGUGCUUGUUGGCAAGAUUUCAUUCAAGCUGACUGCGACUUCAGAGAGACCAUUUUUAAUGCACUCCUGAAAAAAAUCAACUACACCUGUUUUGUUUUGUUUUUUUUAGCACAGAACUGAAAGUUUUAGUAGAAAAUUAUUUAAUUGAUAUGUCAUGUAUGACAUCAUAUAACCCGAGAGAUAUCUUUUUGAUUUUACUGGAAGGUUACAGAUUAUUAUUAUUAUGGUUAAAUUAAGUGGACAGGAGAACAUUUUGAAACUAAAAGCACUGCAGACCAUAGAAACAGCCUUGGUGAUAUUAUUAUUUGCACAAAGUAAAACAAACAAUAAAAGAUUUAAAUAUGUAAAUCCACAUUCAUUCAUGUGGAGAAAAAGUUCAUAAAAGUUUUGUACUUUCAGGUGCAAAGUCUAGUGAAACAAAGGGCUAUUUUUACUCAAAUUAACUCAUUUUGUCUUCAGUGUCUCUCACACACAGGCUGUUAAAUGUAGAAGAGUAUGAGACAGUUGAACUGCAAACAUGUAUUUAUAAUAAAAUUACUU